AUGGCGAGAGGAAAACAAAGCAAGAACACAAAACCAAAUCUUUUUAAGUUCUCCUCAGAGCACUCCUCCCCCACCACUUCACUUUCUUUGUUUACUGUUGCUCAGCCGCCGGCACCAUUAGCUCGGGUUCCUUCGGUGGCCGGUAAGACGCGACAAAACAAGCUUCCGAUUCGAGUUCCGUUGAUUGCGAACAAGGAAAUGGUGAAGGACAGAGAGCCAAGAAGAGAGGCCAUCACACCGUCAACGUCAUUAUGCGACUCGGAAGUGGAAGAUUUGGAACGCAUGUCCUUGGUGCCGUUGCCACUGAUGAAGAACAACAAGGGAUAUUUAUCGAAGCAGUUAUCGAUGGUGGAGACGUACCGGGACAUUGCUUGGGAAAGAAGGCGUCGCCAGAUUCUUCGUCAAGGGAGAGGAAAGAAUGGGAUUAGUGGUAAUGGAUUGACUGAUGAAGACCUGCAUGAACUUAAAGGGUGCUUAGAGCUCGGAUUCCGGUUCAAUGAAGAAGAAGGCAAAAAACUAACAAGAACAUUGCCUGCAUUAGACCUUUAUUUCGCCGUAAACCGCCAGCUUUCUCCGACUCCGGUCUCGACCCCUCAAAGUCAAUGCUCAUCGUCGACAUUAUCCAUCAGUGAUCGGUCAUCUUCUUUAGGAAGUCCUAGAAGCGAGUCAGAUUGGAAGAUUUGUAUCCCAGGGGAAGAUCCAGAGCUAGUGAAGACAAGGCUAAGGCAUUGGGCGCAGGCUGUGGCAUGUUCUGUGAUGCAAUCAUAUUAG